AUGGCUCCUCCAAAAGUUCUCAUGGUUGCAGAGAAACCAAGCAUCGCUCUAUCUAUUGCUUCGGCACUCUCCCGCGGCCAAAUGCAUAGCAGGAAAGGCACUACUGAGGUUCAUGAAUUUGAAGAAAUGUUUCUUGGAUUUCCUGCGCACUAUAAAGUCACUUCAGUCUUUGGCCAUGUUUUCAGGGUAUGUUAUCCGCAGUCAAUGGACCUUUCAUUUGGUCCAGCAGACUGGGCCACCACUGAUCCUAUUGAUCUUUUUCAAGCUCCAAUUCGUAAGGCAGAAUCAAAUCCAAAGGUAAUUAAGCCAAGAAGCUCAUGGUUGCAGGCUCAUAUUUGUAGGCAUUUAAGUCAAGAAGCUCGUGGUUGCAGUCAUUUGGUAUUGUGGUUGGACUGUGAUCGUGAAGGAGAAAAUAUAUGCUUUGAAGUUAUUCAAUGUACCGGUUUUCAAGCAAACGAUGCUAGAAGAAGGGUUCAUCGUGCACGAUUUUCUUCAAUUACUGAGAGAGACAUUUUGAAGGCUAUGAACUGCCUUGUUGAACCCAACAAAGAUGAGGCAUUGGCUGUAGAUGCUCGGCAAGAGAUAGAUUUGAAAGUUGGCGUUGCAUUUACACGAUAUCAAACUAGUUAUUUCCAGGGAAAAUAUGGGAAUCUUGAUUCCAGAGUUAUCUCGAAUUCUAUUCUGCAGUCUAAAAUCUGUGAACUUAUAGAAGAUCUUAAUUCAGUCCACAAGUUAGAUGGAGUCGGUGGUUUUGCUGACAUGAUAGCUUUGACCAUUAACAGAAAAGUAACUGAUAUUUGGAUGUGGAUGAGUUGCACAGAGUAUUAUGAUCGGUAUUUGCAAAUUACUACUUUUAAGCCAGAAAAGUUUUGGGCUUUGCACCCUCACAUAAUGGUUGAUGGCUAUGAACUUCAACUAGAAUGGGAACGUCAAAGGUUAUUUGACUUCGAUGUUGCUUUGAUGUUUCAAAAGCUGGUAUUACAGGAUAGAAUAUUGGAAGUAACUGAGAUUUCAGAGAAACAUGAAAGCAAAGGCCGCCCUCCUGGUCUAAACACAGUGAACCUUUUAAAGAUUGCUUCAAGUGCACUAGGCUUUGGACCUCAACUGGCCAUGCAGCUGGCCGAACGUCUUUAUACUCAGGGAUUUAUCAGUUAUCCACGUACAGAGAGCACUGCAUACCCUCCCUCAUUUGAUUUUAAAGGAACACUCGUUGCACUAGCAAACAAUCCAAUGUGGGGCAACUAUGUCCAGGGACUGCUUUCUGACAGUUAUCAUAAGCCUCGGUCAGGAACUGAUGCAGGUGACCAUCCUCCUAUAACUCCAAUGCGGCCAGCAAAUGAGGAUAUGCUUGGAAAAGAUGCUUGGAGACUAUACCAGUAUGUCUGCCAACAUUUUAUGGGGACUGUAUCUCCAGACUGCAAGUACAUAAGGAUUGGCCUCAAUGGAUGGAUGAGGGAUGAACUCUCUGCCACUCAACUGGUUAAGGAUACUGAGUCACCAUAUUCUUUCAUAGUAAGUUUGAGCUACACUGGGCUUAAGCACAAUGAGCCAAGGCCUGGUCAUUGUGCUCAACUCAAUAGCUUGCUAACUCAUAAUACGGGCUACAAAGGCUAUGGCACUCAAAUUUUUGUUAAUGCUCACAUCUUAGGAACAGGGGCAGGUUAUGAAAUUGUACUUGAAUCUGCAUAUUGGGGAUCGAGUAUUAUGUAUAGCUUGAUUGAGACGAAGGUAGAAUUCUCAGUUGGUGGUGAGUUCUUCCAUUGUAUAGGGCUGCGUGUUACAGUCAAAGGAUUUACAUCAAUUAUGCCAUGGUUGGCAGUAAUUGAGAAAAAUCUUCCUCGGUUUGCAAAAGGAGAUAAAAUUGAAGUUUCAAAUGUAGAGCUAUUUGAGGGUCAAACUGUUCCUCCAGACUAUCUUAGCGAAAGUGAGCUGAUUUCUCUGAUGGAGAAGAAUGGAAUAGGUACAGAUGCAUCGAUAUCUGUACAUAUUAACAACAUCUGCGAGCGCAACUAUGUCCAGGUACAAACUGGCAGAAAGUUGGUUCCAACUACCUUGGGUAUCACACUAAUAAGAGGCUAUCAAUUUAUUGAUCCAGAUCUCUGUUUACCAGACAUUCGUGGUUUCAUUGAGCAGCAGAUUACGCUUGUUGCCAAGGGUGAGGCUGAUCAUUCUCGUGUUGUUCAGCAUGUACUAGAACAAUUCAAGCAAAAGUACAGUUACUUUGUUAAGCAGAUUGACCACAUGGAUGCAUUGUUUGAAGCACAGUUCUCCCCACUUGCUGACUCAGGACGAGCUUUAAGUAAAUGUGGUAAAUGCCUGAGGUACAUGAAGUACAUUUCUUCCCAGCCAUCGCGUUUAUAUUGUGGUACAUGCGAGGAAGUUUAUUAUCUUCCUCAAAAGGGAACAAUCAAGAAAGAUGCGAAUGGUGAACCAGUAGUAGUUUUGACAGAGCUCGUGGUUCUAGCCACUCAAAGCUUGAGUUUGAGUUGCUUGGUUUUACUUGCACUGUACAAGGAACUAACGUGUCCUUUGGACAACUUCGAGCUGUUGAUCUUUUCAAUGGCUGGUCCAGAAGGCAAGUCAUUCCCUCUUUGUCCUUUCUGCUACAAUAGUCCUCCUUUUGAAGGUAUAGACACUCUCUUUGGUGUUUCUAAGACCAGUAGUUCUGGGAAGUUGGGGAAGGGGACAGGCAUGCCUUGCUUCCUCUGUCCACAUCCUACAUGUCGACAUUCUUUGAUAGCUCAAGGGGUUUGUGCUUGCCCCGAGUGCAAUGGGAUGCUUGUUUUGGACCCAGUAAGUGCUCCAAAAUGGAGACUUAACUGCAAUAUGUGCAAUUGCCUUGUCUUGCUCCCUCAAGGUGCUCACCGAAUUGCCACCACUCGCAAGCGAUGUCCUGAGUGUGACUCAGCAAUCAUAGAAGUGGACUUCAACAAGAAUACGACACCCUUAGGGGAUGGAGCAACCCUACAUGUUGGUUGCAUUCUGUGUGAUGAUUUGCUCCAUUCUCUAGUGGAGGUGAAGCAUGGGAAAUCAUUCUUCAAACGUGCAGGUAAGCUGGGAAGGGCAAGAGGAGCAGGGAGAGCUGCUUAUAGAGGGAGAGGACGGGGUCUUGGAAAAAUGGACCCGAAGAUGAGCUUUCGGGAUUUCUAA